AGCGCGCAGAUAUUUUAGAGGUGAAUGCUUUUAUAGGAUCGGAAAUACAUCCGGCCGGCGGCGGGCCGGUCAGCAACCACAAAGGAAUACAUACAUACAUACACACAGAGGACUAUAUAUACAUACAAAUAAAUCCGGCCACGAGCUGAGCUGAGCUGAGCUAGAGGAUUGGUUGGGGUGGGACCGGAUAUGCCGAGGGCGGACAGAGAUGCUCUGGCAGUAGGGCGGGUUGUAGGGGAUGUUCUGGAGCCCUUUACCAGGUCCGUAAACCUUAGAGUGACCUACGGCGAUCGAGAUGUCACCAACGGCUGCGAGUUCCGGCCAUCUCUAGUUGUUAGCCCGCCUAGGGUUGAGGUUGGCGGUCAAGAUCUUCGCACCUUCUAUACUCUUGUCAUGAUAGAUCCUGAUGCACCGAGCCCAAGUGAACCCAGCCUGAGAGAAUACCUGCACUGGUUGGUAACUGACAUUCCAGCGACGACUGGAGCUAAUUUUGGACAAGAAAUAGUGCGGUAUGAGAGCCCACAGCCAUUUAUUGGGAUCCACCGCUUCGUGUUUGUGCUGUUCCAGCAGCUGGGCAGGCAGACCGUUUAUGCCCCGGGCUGGCGCCAGAGCUUCCGCACUCGAGAAUUCGCCGAGCUCUACAACCUCGGCUCCCCGGUCGCUGCCGUCUACUUCAACGGUCAACGGGAGACCGGCACCGGAGGCCGACGCCGUUAGUUCAUUCGCAAUACAUUAUCGUAAUAAUAAUUAUUAUUAUUAAUAAUAGAUGGCCGACGCGAUUGUUUGAAGAUUGUGUAUUAUGUGAGAUCAAAUAUGAGUAUAUCCUCUUCCGUCGUCAUAAUUAAUCACUAAGUAGCGACUGUGGGGUACAGUUAUCUUCUAUCGACUCUGUCUCAUUCUACGCUAAUAGACGCAAUACUACUACAAUAAUUAUUGUAAUUAUUGGUACGUAAUAACUUUGUUACUUCAAUUCCAAACACUUGGCUUCCCAUUCAA